UGACAACAUUUAAAGAGCCACUCCCCAUUUGAGCUUCCCUCUACAUAUUAUCCCCCGCUCCUUUCACCAAAUUCCCACGAUCAUCUUUCAUCCCUCCGCUCCCCAAAAUGGAAACUUGCAGAGACAAAAAACUCCAUUCUUCCCCACUCGUAAAGCCAUGGAGGAAAGGCCCUUCACGAGGCAAAGGCGGCCCUCAGAACGCCUCCUGCGAGUACCGCGGCGUCCGGCAGCGCACUUGGGGCAAGUGGGUGGCCGAGAUACGGGAGCCCAAGAAGCGCACGAGGCUCUGGCUUGGUUCUUUUGCCACUGCUGAAGAAGCCGCCAUGGCUUAUGAUCAAGCUGCCACUAAGCUCUAUGGCCCUGAUGCUUAUCUUAAUCUUCCCCAUUUGCUUCAUAAUCUUCCUCGUAAUGACAUUAAUAAUGCUUCUAAAUCUAAUUUCCUCAAAUGGGUUCCUUCUAAAAAGUUCGUUUCUAUGUUCCCUCAUCCCCGCCCUGCAACCUUUAUGCUUAAUCUCAAUGCUCAGCCUAGUCUUAAUCUUAUUCACCAGAGGCUUCAACAGCUUACAACUCCUCAUGGCUUUCUCUCCCCUUCCCUCCCUUCUCCUUCUAAGACGAGAGUAAGAACGAGAAAGAAGACGAAGCUUCACUAGGAGAGGAGACAACGACGGUGACAAGGGAUAUGGUAGAAGAGAAGCCACAGAUUGAUCUAAACGAGUUUCUGCAACAGCUUGGGAUUAUCAAAGA